AUGGAGGGCUACAAUAACUGGGCUGUGAGUAAGCUCCCGACACCACCAUUGCAGUGCAUUGCGGACAGGCUCUUGAUAUUGUGCACAGAUGAGGUCCCUGUCGAGCGCUAACCUUGAUUGCUUCAUCUCUCGAACUCCGCCCUUGUCGGUCUGUGCUCUCGGCGCGUCAUGCGCUCCUCUCGACGUUUGUGAUCUCUAGCUCGGAGUUGCGCCCCCACCUCCGCAUCACUCCUCUCAUCAUCAGCACCAUCAAGGACACCCUCACGCACAGCACCCUCAACAUGCCGGUCAUCAGGUGAAUUGAACGUUCAAUCCACCCGCACUCGAUCUUGGCUGACGUCGCUCCACCAACGCAUGUGUGACUAGAACUACGCUCUUGAUGCUGGCCAGCAGGAGAUCGCGCAGGCGCGAAGUGCGAUGAUCGAAUCCGUUGCCCACAUUUCGUCUUCUCUGCGAGCCGCUGCAACGCAGUGCGACUCCUUCGUCAAAAUUGUGGCCAAGCAUCACCCAACAUCUGCAGCAGCUGCCAUCGCCAACAUGGGCAAUGAGUUUCUGGCUCUCGCUAGCAGUGCUGGCGCAGGUGCACUGGCAGCUCAGACUGGUCUCAAUGCUUCCGGUGUUUCUGGCCAAUCUGCCGCACCUCCCGCAACACCCGGACCAGGCCAUGGAGGACGUAGACCUCUAAGCAAGGAAGAAAAGGCAGAAGCACGCAAGUUGCGCAAAGCAAACCGUGAUCCAAAGGCGCCCAAGAGACCUCCCAGCGCAUAUCUGCUGUUCCAAAACGAGGUUCGGGAUGACAUGCGAAAGAGGCACCCUGAGCUCACUUACGCUGAGAUCUUGAGCAAGAUCAGCGAGGCUUGGAAGGCAUUGACAGACAACCAGCGCCAAGUAAGUGACCGUUGACGUUUUCUUGGUGACAGGAUACAUCGGGAGCUUCAAGCUCACCUGCUGAUUCGUAAUUUCUCAUCAGGUAUACCACGAUAAGACCGUCGAGGCGAUGGCUCGUUGGGGAGUGGAGAAGAAAGCUCACGCGGGCGACGCGUCGGGCGCACCUGAGUCUUUCGGCGCCGAGUAUGGUACUGGUGAGAAUGGCUACGGCGGAGACGACGCAGCUCAGGCAGCAUCCCAAGCCGUUGGUGGCAUGGACUGGAGCUCUGUGCCCACCUCUGCGCUGCCCGGUGAAGAGAUCUCGUCCAAGAAACGAAGCAAAGAGGAGAAGCAGGCGAAAAAGGAAGCGAGGAAAGUAAGUUGCCUGUCCAAACGGGUCACCUUUGAGAAGCCGAGUCUGGCAUUAAUUGACUCUGACAUGCUACUUGCCUUCUUGGACAGCAGAGCAAGAUGCACAAGGUCUGA